AUGUUUUUCCAGGCCAUGGUCGUUGUUGCUGGUGUAGUACGUUUGCACAUCUCCCUUAAAUCGAUCGCCACAUCCCUGAGGGCGGCGCCAUGGAGCGCUGAUAGGGUGCAGUUUUUCCCUGUUCAUCCUAUGACAUCUAACCUCAGCCUGGGAGCACUGAAUGUUGCCGCAAGGAGCCAGACGGGCGGCUGUUUAAAGUCCGACUCCCCUUCCAGGUGUCGUAGUACCUGCCGCCGGGAGCAGCUGGACCAGUUGGUGGACGAAGUUUGCCAUGCAGGUAGCAGCGCCUACCGCGAAAUUGCGCACCCUGCGCACUUGGCCUUCAACGGUUUAACCGACCACUGGCAGGAGUCACUUGGCCCAGCAGCCUUCAGAGCCUCUCGUUCGGCUUUCAUUUUGACCAGAAUCCGAAUGAUGUCAAUUGGCCUAGCAACCUUCUAA